UAUGGCCUUAAUAUAUUGUCAUGCUCCGAAAUGCCAAUGUGGCUCUUCUUGAGGCUAAUGUGACACCGUAUUCAUUACCUCUCUCCUGUCUCAUAUUUUCCACAGAAGGGAAGGACGAGUGUGACUGACUGAACAUAAUAACGAUGGCAGACAAGUGGUCCGUCCCCCACAGGAACCUGAGCUCACCCUGCAAAUUUCCACUUUCCCUGCUUCUAUUCCUUUAAGGAUACUCUGACCUUCACAUAUUCAGCCUGAAUGACAACCCAAAGCAGGGCAAAUUGAAAGGUUGCUACUCUCUGCCAAGGACGACAACAGGCGAAGUUGCUGCUUUGGGGUACUUGACAUCAGCAGAAAUACACCCUGUUGUCAUAGCAAAUGAUUUGGUGUUUUCGAAUUUAACGCCUCUAACACCAGACCCCAUAAGGACCAAUUACAAGCUGAAGAAAGGAGGACCAAGAUGAAAGAUUUGUUUGCAGUCUGUUUGCUGGCAGGACUUGCGCUGACUAACUCAGUUCAGGCCUCCGACUGGAGGGCUGUGUGCCUCAAACUGUGCAAAUGUGAAAUUCGACCCUGGUUCUCUCCCUCGUCCAUGUAUAAUGCGGCUCCAACUGUGGAUUGUAAUGAUCUAGGACUUCUGUCUCUGCCUGAGAGGCUGCCCUCAGACACACAAGUACUUCUAUCACAGGCCAACAGCAUCGCAAAGAUUGAGAGUCCCUUGAACUAUCUGGUAAACUUAACAGAGGUGGACCUAUCUCGAAACAACAUAUCCUCAUUGAGUGAUGUCUAUCUAGGUCACCUUCCACAACUUCUGUCUUUGCAUCUAGAGGAGAACUGGCUAAGCAGCCUUCAUGAUAACUGCUUUGAAAACUUCCCAAACUUACAGGAGCUCUAUGUUAACCAUAACCUUCUCUCCUUGAUCAGUGCAGAGGCUUUCCGAGGGCUUAACAAGCUCUUGAGGCUCCAUCUUAAUUCGAACCAGCUGAGGGCCAUAAGAACAGAGUGGUUCCAGGAUCUUUUCCAGCUGGAAAUCUUGAUGAUAGGAGAGAAUCCAAUCACCAGAAUACAAGACAUGAAUUUCAAGCCCCUAAUCAAUCUCCGCAGUCUUGUGCUAACCAGAAUGAACCUUACUGAAAUCCCUGACAGUGCCCUGUUUGGACUUGAUAAGCUGGAAAGCGUGUCAUUCUAUGAUAAUAUGUUCCCAAAAGUACCUCAAGCUGCUCUCAGACAAGUCCGGAACCUCAAGUUUCUGGACCUUAACAAGAAUCCCAUAGAGAGGAUCCAAAGGGGUGACUUUGUGGACAUGAUCCAUUUGAAAGAACUUGGUAUUAACAGCAUGCCGGAGUUAGUUUCCAUCGACAGUUUUGCUGUGCACAACCUACCAGAGCUGACCAAAAUCGAAGCAACGAACAACCCCCGACUUUCCUUCAUCCAUCCGAAUGCAUUCUCCAAACUCCCCAGGCUUGAGUCCUUAAUGUUGAAUAGCAAUGCACUCCGGGCACUUCAUCAUGUCAUGGUGGAAUCCUUGCCUCACCUUCAGGAGGUGAGCAUGCACUCCAACCCCAUUUACUGUGACUGUGUCAUCCGCUGGAUCAAUAUGAACAAGACCAAGGUUCGCUUCAUGGAUCCGGAUGCCCUCUUAUGUGCAGGGCCCUCAGAAUUUGAAGGUCGUCUUGUCAGGCAUGUGCACUUCCGUGAAAUGGCGGAUAUCUGCCUACCACUAAUAUCUCCGGAAAGCCUUCCUGAUCAGGUCAAUAUGGGUGCUGGGAAUUCAGUCUCUCUACACUGCAGGGCAUUUGGCGAUCCUGAACCUGAGAUCUACUGGGUCACACCUUCAGGCGAGAAGAUCUUACCUCAGAUGUUUACCAAGAAGUAUCACCUGCAUCCUGAGGGAACGUUUGAUAUUAACGGUAUCACAGAGAACGAGGCUGGGCAGUACACCUGUGUGGCCCACAAUCUCAUAGGUGCAGACAUGAGAUCUGUCUCAGUUGUAGUAAAUGGUUACUACCCACUGCCGGUAAAUGAAUCCUUGCAAAUCCAAGUCAAAGGGAUUGAGCCACAUUUGGUGAGGAUUUCUUGGGUGCAACCCAAGGGCAGUCUUGUGUCGAAUAUUAAGUGGUCAACAACAUCACAGCAGCCCUCCUUGCAGUUCACCGCCCAUGUGUUGUCAGAUGUAAAAACGUUCAACCUCACACACUUGCAGCCACUGAUGCAGUACGAGGUGUGUGUGCAAAUUACGGACCUGCAAAGUAGAUAUUUGAAAAACUGCAUAAAUGUCAGCACCACUGAGGUUUCAAUAGGAAAAACCGAUGAUGGUAUCAGGGACGGAUUGAUAAUUGGCAUCAUUGCGCUGCUCCUGAUCGUGUCCGCAGUAUUCUGUUCGUUCAUUUGCAUGUUAUGGAGGAGUGAUCACCUUUACAGGAAAUUACGAAAUCAGCAGUCCACACUAUUACCCUCACACAUUAAACCAAUAUGAGGGUCAAGGGCUAAAGUAAGUGAUGCAGAAACUCCAUUUGAGAGAAGAACAACAGUUUGUGAUGCAGUGGACACUGGACUGUGUCUCUAAUAACUCUCUCAAUCUUAUACCGACUCACACCUUUGGAUCAUUAUGAAAUGGAUUCUGUGUGGUUUGUGGUUCUUGCUAAAUCUGACAUUGAUUGCCAAAAAGUCACUUAUUGUUUAAAUGUCACACUUCACUGGGAAGCAUGAAGAGAAUCGUUAUUUCAUGCAGGAUUAAAGAACAGCACAUGAAAGGUUGGGCCUGACUAUUUACUAAGAGCGCAAAGCAUCAGUGGGCGAGUCUUUUUAUUGUGGGCUUGUAGCAACACUACUUGUGCUGUGUCAUUGGUAAAAUAAAUAAUGUCAAGUUUAUGAUGGACUACGCUUUGUAGAAUAAAUCAUAACAGUAAAACCUGUACGACACUUUGUGAUAAAAUACAUUUAUACAGAAAA